AUGGACGAGAUUGAGCUGAGGAGAACGCUUUUUGAUGCUUUGAAAGAAAAGCGGUAUUUGGUGGUCCUCGAUGAUAUUUGGAGAAGCGAGGAUUGGGAUAUUCUUAAACCUGCUUUUCCAAGAGGAAGAAAGGGAAGCAAAAUAUUGUUCACAACACGAAACAGGAAUGUGGCUUCACGUGCCGAUCCUUGGAGCACUCCUGUGGAGCUCUCACUUCUUACAGAUGAUGAAAGUUGGAAUCUUUUGUGUAAGAAAGCAUUCCCACGGAGCAAAAUGGGUUCUCAAUGCUGCUCAGAAGAAUUUGUGAAGCUUGGAAAAGAGAUGGUGAAAAAAUGUGGAGGCUUGCCUUUAGCAAUUGUUGUGUUGGGUUGCUUGCUGGCAACAAAACAGUCAGUGGCUCAAUGGGAGAUGGUUCAUAAAAACAUCCAUGGACACUUAAAUGAGCUCCCACACCAAGAUCGUCAAUAUGGUGCAGUGAACCGAAUUUUGGUUUCAAGCUACAAUGACUUGCCUUAUCCUUUAAAACCAUGCUUUUUGUAUCUUAGUCAUUAUCCAGAAGAUUGGGAGAUACCGAAAAAAGAACUCAUUCGUUUAUGGAUCGCUGAAGGUUUCAUUCCGGAAAACGAAGAAUUCUUGAUGGAGGAUUUAGGCGAAAAAUUCCUAGAAGAGCUUAUAGAUAGGAGCUUGGUUCAAGUUAGCAGGCGAGACUAUACAGGAACAAAUGUGGAGACAUGUCGAUUGCAUGAUCUCUUGAGGGACGUGUGCUUGAAGAAAGCAAGAGAGGAGAAGUUCUUGGAAAUUAUUCAACAACCACUGCAUGAACGUGAAGUGACAUUGGCAGAACCUAUGCUACGAAGAAUUUCUAUUCAACCUAGUCAAUGGAGAGUUAUUUUGAAGGGAGAGCAUCCAAAAUUACGUUCUUUGUUGUUUUCUCAGAACGUGAAAUUGGCAGAAUUUUGCAUUUCAAAAUACAAAAGCUUCAAAUUUUUAAGGGUGUUGACUCUUGCAAAAUCGGACAACUACGAAAAGUGGCAUGUGUCGACUGAAAUUGGUAAUCUCCAACAUUUGAGAUACUUGAAGUUAUACUACAAUAGAAAAAUGAUUUUGCCGCGAUCUAUUGGCAGGUUGAACAGUUUGUACACUUUAUACAUCAAGUCUGGUUAUGAAAGUGCAAUUCCAGAUGGUGUGUUUAAGUUGGAACGUUUAAGGCAUAUUCUAAUAAAAGUAGCUGAUGAAUGUGGAUUUCGUUGGCGGCAAGGGUUCACUUCAAAAAAUAUUGAAACUUUGAAGUUCAUAGUGGUGGAUGUGAAGCCGGUUGAAAAUAAUGCAGUGCUUAGGUGGACUAAUAUUCAGAGUUUAGGAAUAGUAUUUACCAGAGCAAACUAUGUUAAGCCUACCCUAAUAUUGCUAACCAAAUUGCAACGCCUUAGAUCAGUGUCCUUAAGUAUUUUUGAUGGCUCACACCCAGACUUAGAACCCCUUUCUCAAUAUUAUCACCUCUCCAAACUGAAAUUAUUCGGGCGGAUAGAAGAUAAGCCACAUCCGAACGGUCAUGUUUUGAAAUUUCUUCCAUCAAAUAUUGUCAAAUUAACUUUGGUUGAUUGCGAGCUGAGCCAAGAUCCAAUGGCCGUAUUAGAAAACCUAUGUCAUUUGAGGAUUCUCCAUUUGAAACAUGCAUAUAUUGGGAGUAAAAUGGUGUGCUCUGCAAAUGGAUUUCCUAAACUUUGAUUGUCUUCGAAUGAUUUUCUUAAGUAAGUUGGAGGAGUGGGAAAUUGAAGAAGGUGCACUGCCAUGCCUCCAAGAAUUGGAGUUGUCCGUUGAUAGUUUAAGGAUGCUUCCAGAAGGAUUGAUGUAUGUUACUACUCUCCAAGAAUUAAAUUUAAUAGGACUGCCUUCGUCAUUGGAAUAAAAGAUUAAAGUGAUAGAUGGAAGAGAAGGAGAAGAUUUCUAUAAAGUGCGCCACAUUCCCUCCAUCCACAUUUCAUUGAUCCCAAAGUAAUAAGAAUCAACAUCACGUGAGGUAUUUAUUUCUGUAAAAUAAUAAUCUUUACAUUUUUUUUCUUUUCUUUUUACCCAUUGAGUUAGAGAUUGAUAUAAUAUUGAUAAAAUAACAUGAAAGAAGAAUAUAUCUUUAAUUACCAUAAAAUUAUAAUUAAAAUAUAAAAAAUAAAAAUUUCAAAUCAUUUUUCUAGAAAAACUAAGAUUUUAAUAUCAUUUUAUUAUUUCAUAUUUUUAAUUAUUAUACAUAAGAGAUGAUGAUAUAUACAUACCAUUUUUCUUCUUGAUGUAAGUUAUCUAAUUAGCACUGGAAUACACUUUGUCGAGAUAUCUAAUUUCAUUAACUGUGUGUAUGUAUUUUUAUAAGAAUUAGAUUGCUAUAUACUAUGAGCUUUGAAUGAAGAGAUUGUUUGCUAUAUAA